AUGGGCGUCGCGGCCGGGGGUGGGGGGCGGGCCGGGCCCCGCGGCUCCUCCGACUGCCCCGCGCCCUGCACGGGGACGGGGAGCGAGCCCCAGCCCGCCCGCGCCCUCCCGCGCCCGCGCCCGUCCGCGCCCGCGCCCGCGCUCCGAGUCCGCGCCCGCGCGCCCGCUCACCUGGCCAGCCCGAGCUCCGCCGGUGCCCCGCAAGAGCCGCCGCCCUCCUGCUCCUGCUGCUCCCGGUGCUCCUGCCGGUGCUCCUCCCGGUGCUCCUCCCGGUGCUCCCGGGCCCCGCGCGGCAUGGCCCCCGCCCGCCUGGCGCUGCUGGCGCUGGCGCUGCUGGGCGCCCCGCGCUGGCCGCCCGCCGCCGCCUGCCCGGGCAAAUGUACCUGCUCCGCCGCCAGCGUCGACUGCCACGGGCUGGGCCUCCGGGCGGUGCCCCGGGCCAUCCCCCGCAACGCCGAGCGCCUAGACCUGGACAGAAAUAAUAUCACCAGGAUCACCAAGACAGACUUUGCUGGGCUCAAGAACCUCCGAGUUUUGCAUUUGGAAGAUAAUCAGGUCAGUGUGAUAGAGCGUGGAGCCUUUCAAGAUCUGAAGCAACUGGAGCGACUACGACUGAACAAGAAUAAACUCCAAGUUCUUCCAGAACUGCUUUUCCAGAACACCCUGAAGUUAACCAGAUUAGACCUGAGUGAAAACCUGAUUCAAGGAAUCCCCAGGAAGGCCUUCCGCGGCAUCACAGACGUGAAGAACCUGCAACUGGACAACAACCAGAUCAGCUGCAUUGAAGAUGGAGCCUUCAGAGCCCUGCGUGACUUGGAAAUUCUCACCCUCAACAACAACAACAUCAGCCGCAUUCCGCUCACCAGCUUCAACCACAUGCCGAAGAUCCGCACACUGCGACUCCAUUCCAACUACCUGUACUGUGACUGCAGUCUGGCCUGGCUCUCUGACUGGCUGCGGCAGAGAAAAACCAUUGGCCAGUUUACCUUCUGCAUGGCACCUGUUCACCUAAGGGGCUUCAAUGUGGCCGACGUCCAGAAGAAAGAGUAUGUUUGCAAUGGGCCCCACUCUGAGCCUCCAUCCUGCAGCGUCAAUUCGGUCUCCUGCCCCUCAGCCUGCACCUGCAGCAACAACAUAGUGGACUGUCGAGGGAAGGGCCUGACGGAAAUCCCCGCCAACCUGCCAGAGGGCAUUGUGGAAGUGCGCCUGGAGCAGAACUCCAUCAAGAUCAUUCCCCCAGGAGCCUUUUCCCAGUACAAGAAGCUGAAGAGGAUAGACAUAAGCAAGAAUCAGAUAUCGGAUAUCGCUUCAGAUGCAUUCCAGGGCCUGAAGUCUCUCACCUCACUAGUGCUGUAUGGGAACAAGAUCACAGAGAUUGCCAAGGGGCUGUUUGAUGGGCUGGUGUCUCUGCAGUUGCUGCUCCUCAAUGCCAACAAGAUCAAUUGCCUGAGGGUGAACACAUUUCAGGAUCUGCAUAAUCUCAACCUGCUAUCUUUGUAUGACAAUAAACUACAGACCAUCAGCAAGGGGUUGUUUGCACCUCUCCAGUCAAUCCAGACUCUACAUUUAGCCCAGAACCCAUUUGUGUGCGACUGCCAUUUGAAGUGGCUGGCUGAUUACCUGCAGGAUAAUCCGAUAGAGACCAGCGGGGCGCGCUGCAGCAGCCCGCGUCGGCUUGCCAACAAACGCAUCAGCCAGAUCAAGAGCAAGAAGUUCCGCUGCUCAGGGACAGAGGACUACCGGAGCAAGUUCAGUGGGGAGUGCUUCAUGGACCUGGUUUGCCCCGACAAGUGCCGCUGUGAGGGAACCAUCGUGGAUUGCUCCAACCAGAAGCUCGUGCGCAUCCCCAACCACCUCCCAGAAUAUGUGACGGACCUGCGCCUGAAUGACAAUGACAUCUCCGUUCUAGAGGCAACUGGUAUCUUCAAGAAGCUGCCAAAUCUUCGCAAAAUAAACCUGAGCAACAACAAGAUCAAGGAGAUUCGAGAAGGGGCCUUUGAUGGUGCAGCCGGUGUGCAGGAGCUGAUGCUGACGGGGAACCAGCUGGACUCAGUGCAGGGGCGGGUGUUCCGGGGGCUCAGCGGCCUCAAGACCAUGAUGCUGAGGAGUAACCUGAUCAGCUGUGUGAGCAAUGACACCUUCGCAGGGCUGAGUUCAGUGCGGCUGCUCUCCCUCUAUGACAACCGGAUCACCACCAUCACUCCUGGGGCCUUCACUACGCUGCUGUCCUUGUCCACCAUCAACCUACUCUCCAACCCCUUCAACUGCAACUGCCACCUGGCGUGGCUGGGGAAGUGGCUGCGGAAGAGGAGGAUUGUCAGUGGAAAUCCCCGCUGCCAGAAGCCUUUUUUCCUCAAGGAGAUCCCGAUACAGGAUGUGGCCAUCCAGGACUUCACUUGUGAUGGUAACGAUGAGAGCAGCUGCCAACUGGCCCCCCGCUGCCCUGACCAUUGCACCUGUGUGGAUUCCGUGGUGCGGUGCAGUAACAAAGGUCUUCGGGUUCUCCCUAAAGGCAUCCCCAAGGAUGUGACUGAGCUGUACCUGGAAGGAAACCAUUUAACAGCCGUACCCAGGGAACUGUCCUCCUUCAGACAUCUGACACUGAUCGAUCUGAGCAACAACAGCAUCAGCAUAUUGGCUAAUUAUACCUUUAGCAACAUGACUCAGCUCUCAACACUGAUCCUGAGUUACAAUCGUUUGCGCUGCAUUCCAGCUCAUGCCUUCAAUGGACUGCGGUCUCUCCGGGUGCUAACUCUUCAUGGAAAUGACAUUUCCAGUGUUCCUGAGGGCUCAUUUAAUGACCUGACAUCCCUUUCCCACCUGGCCCUGGGGACCAAUCCCUUGCACUGUGACUGCAGCCUGCGCUGGCUCUCGGAGUGGGUGAAGGCGGGCUACAAGGAGCCGGGCAUCGCCCGCUGCAGCGGGCCUGAAGAUAUGGCUGACAGACUGCUGCUGACCACCCCCACCCACCGCUUCCAGUGUAAAGGCCCAGUGGACAUCAGCAUUGCAGCCAAAUGUGACCCUUGCCUCUCUGGCCCAUGCAAGAAUAACGGCACCUGCAACAAGGACCCUGUGGAGCUGUACCGCUGCACCUGCCCCUAUGGCUUCAAGGGCCAAGACUGCAAUAUGCCCAUCAACACCUGCAUCCAGAAUCCAUGCCGGCACGGAGGAACCUGCCAUCUUAGUGAGACGAGUAAAGAUGGAUUCAGUUGUUCCUGUCCUCUGGGAUUUGAAGGAGAGCGAUGUGAGAUCAACCCGGACGACUGUGAAGACAAUGACUGUGAGAACAACUCAACCUGUGUUGAUGGGAUCAACAACUAUGUGUGUCUCUGUCCACCCAAUUAUACAGGUGAGCUGUGUGAUGAAGUGAUUAACCACUGUGUCCCUGAGAUCAACCCCUGCAAACACGAAUCCAAAUGUGUUUCCGUGGACAAAGGAUUCAGGUGUGAGUGCCUCCCUGGUUACAGUGGCAAGUUCUGUGAGACCGACAACGAUGAUUGCGCCAGCCACAAGUGCCGCCAUGGUGCCCAGUGUGUGGAUGUUGUCAACGGGUACACGUGUAUCUGCCCCCAAGGCUUCAGUGGGCUCUUCUGCGAGCACCCCCCACCCAUGGUCCUUCUCCAGACCAGCCCCUGUGACCACUACGAGUGCCAGAAUGGGGCCCAGUGCAUCGUGGUGCAGCAUGAGCCUGUUUGCCGCUGUCUGGCUGGUUUCGCUGGGCAGAAGUGUGAGAAGCUCAUCACCGUCAACUUUGUGGGAAAGGACUCCUACGUCGAGCUGUCUUCCACCAAGAUCCGACCCCAGGCCAACAUCUCCCUGCAGGUGGCUACGGACAAGGACAAUGGAAUCCUGCUGUAUAAAGGGGACAACGACCCUCUGGCUUUGGAGCUGUACCAGGGGCACGUGCGACUCGUCUACGAUACCCUCAGCUCCCCGCCUACCACAGUGUACAGUGUGGAGACAGUGAAUGACGGGCAGUUCCACAGCGUGGAGUUGGUGAUGCUGAACCAGACUCUGAAUCUGGUGGUGGAUAAAGGACCACCUAAGAGCCUUGGAAAACUGCAGAAGCAGCCCGCUGUGGGCACCAACAGCCCCCUCUACAUUGGAGGCAUGCCUCUGUCCACGGGGCUCUCGGCCCUUCGCCAGGGCACAGAGCGUACCCUGGGAGGCUUCCAUGGCUGCAUCCAUGACGUCCGCAUCAACAACGAGCUGCAGGACUUCAAGAGCCUCCCACAGCAGUCUCUGGGGGUUUUCCCAGGAUGCAAGUCCUGCAACAUCUGCAAACAUGGCAUCUGUCGUUCUGUGGAGAAAAGCAGUGUGGUCUGCGAGUGCCACCCAGGCUGGAUGGGGCCACUGUGCGACCAGGAGGCAAGGGAUCCCUGCCUCAGUCACAAGUGCAUCCAUGGAAAGUGUAUGGCAGCCAACUCUGCAUAUAUGUGCAAGUGCAUAGAGGGCUACACAGGCCCACACUGCGACCGGAGGAAUGAUUCCGCCAGCCUGUGCAGAGGCACCAAGUGCCACCACGGACAAUGCCACAUCUCCGAACGGGGGGAGCCCUACUGUGAGUGUGAGCCCAACUUCGGCGGGGAAUACUGCGACCAAGAGAGCCCAUGCCAGGGGGAGGUCGUCCGAGAAGUGGUCCGCCGUCAACAAGGCUCUAUAUCGUGUGCCACAACCAUCAAGGUGCCGCUCCGGAAGUGCCGCGGCGGGUGUGGUUCCCAGUGUUGCGUCCCUCUCCGCAGCAAGCGGCGGAAAUAUGUCUUCCAAUGCACAAAUGGCUCCUCCUUCCUGGAAGAGCUGGAGAGACACAUGGAGUGCGGAUGUCACAGAUGCUCCUAAUCCCGCCCCUCCCUCCCGCGCUGUCCCCUCCCUCCCUCUCUUCCGCCCCUUCCCCUCUCCCCCCCCACCCCACCGGGAAGCCACCACCAGACAGUGGGUGGGACAUCAAACACGGGACCUUAUUACUUUGAGUGAAGAAGAAGGAGAAGAAGAGGAAGAAGAGAAUAUUAAGUAUAUUGUAAAAUAAACAAAAAUAGAACUUA